AUGGCAGCCAUCAAGUCGAAAUGUCGCAAGGUCGUUUGCAUUGGGCGGAACUAUGCUGACCACAUAGCUGAGCUGUCUUCCGCCCGGCCAGCCCAACCUUUCUUCUUCCUGAAGCCUCCUUCCUCCAUCCUGCUACCGAAGGACGGCCCAAUCGUCCGACCGAAAGGCGUGACUAUGCACCAUGAGGUCGAGCUCGGACUGAUCAUUGGCGAGACCCCAAAGCCGUUGAAGAACCUGCAAGAGUCCGACCCCAAGAUGCUCGACUAUAUCCGGAGCUACUUUCUGGGCAUUGACCUGACGGCGCGGAAUGUCCAAGACGAGGCAAAGAAGAAAGGUCUCCCAUGGUCGAUUGCAAAGGGCUUUGAUACGUUCUUGCCCAUCAGCCAUGAGAUCCCCUUCGACCGUCUUCCGGAUCCUCACAACGUUUUGUUAUGGUUGAGCGUCAAUGGCCAGAUCAAACAGAAAGAUAACACAAAUCUGAUGCUGUUCAGAAUACCCAGGAUCCUGAGUGAUAUCAGCAAGGUCAUGACUCUGGAAGAGGGAGAUAUCAUCCUGACGGGCACCCCCAAGGGCGUGGGACCGCUGAAGGGCGGAGACCUCGUCGAAUGCGGUCUGGAGGCCGAUGGUAGGGAAGUGGUCGAGGCUAGAAUUGAAGUGGAAGUCGUGGACGAUCAGACAGAAGGCGCUUAUGAAUUCAAAGAGACAUGA